UAAACAAAAACAAGCAACAAAAAGCGUGAUCAGUGGCAGAAGCAACAACAACAACAACUUUUCGAAGCGAAGAAGCAGAGACAGAAACCGGCCAUCAAAAUGUACAGCGAUCAGCAGCAGUUGGUGUUAGUUAACGGUGGUACGCUCAACAGUAACGACGCUGUCGGCGACGAGCGUCAUUUAAAUCCAACGACGAGACACAAUAAUAGCAACAACAACAAUACCAACAAUCGCAUCCAUAAUAACAAUAGAAGUGCGCUCGUCCCUCCAGUUGGUGAAUUAGUGCAAAACGCGAAUUAUACAAACGGCAAAAGUCAAACGACACAGGCGACAUUAUUUCUCAAUCACAACAACAACAGCGGCAACCGAAAGAACCCGCCAAAUUUGCCAACGUCGACGACACCACAGAACGUUGCAGCAGCCAAAGCAGCCACCGCGUGUGUUUAUACAAAUUGCAAUAGUAACAACAAUUGUAGCAAUUUAAGUUUUUACGCGCAACAACCAACAAAUAACUCCAACAACAACUACUACAACAACAACAGUAGCAGUGACAAUCCAGUCUAUCAACAAGUGCAGCAGUCGGAGCAGUACGAGGAGAAUUUCGACGAAGAUAUGGAGGCCGAACGUGAUCUUGCCGAGGAUGCGCAAUGGAAGAAAAUCCAACAGAACACCUUCACACGUUGGGCCAACGAGCAUCUGAAGACCAUCGAUCGGUCCAUCAACAAUCUGGAAACGGAUCUCUCCGAUGGCCUACGUCUGAUUUGUCUCAUCGAAGUGCUGUCCCAGAAGCGUUUGCCCAAAUACAAUAAACGUCCAACAUUCCGUAGUCAGAAACUGGAGAACGUAUCGGUUGCACUCAAAUUCCUCGAGGAUGAGGGCAUCAAAAUUGUUAAUAUUGACUCUUCGGAUAUUGUCGACUGCAAGCUCAAGCUGAUAUUGGGCCUCAUCUGGACGCUCAUUCUCCACUACUCGAUAUCGAUGCCCAUGUGGGAUGGCGAGGAUGAGAAGCAGUUGAAUGGCUCGGGUCCAACGCCCAAGCAGCGCUUGUUGAAUUGGAUACACGCCAGGAUACCCGAUAUGCCCAUCAAUAACUUCACCAACGACUGGACCACAGGCAAGGCUGUGGGCGCUCUUGUCGAUGCUUGUGCGCCUGGCCUGUGUCCCGACUGGGAAAUGUGGGAUCCCAAGGAUGCUGUGCAGAAUGCCUCCGAGGCAAUGGGUCUGGCCGAUGAUUGGCUUAAUGUGCGUCAACUGAUCAAGCCCGAGGAGCUUGUCAAUCCCAAUGUGGAUGAGCAGUCGAUGAUGACGUACUUGUCGCAAUACCCCAACUCAAAGUUGAAGACCGGCGCCCCAUUGCGUCCCAAGACGAAUCCCAACAGCAUUCCUCCGCCGCGAGUGCGUGCUUAUGGUCCUGGCAUCGAGCCCAUCGGUCCUGUGGUUGGCGCACCUGCCAAUUUCACCGUUGAAACUUUCUCUGCUGGCAAGGGUGUUGUCGAUGUGGACAUCGAGGGACCCAACGGAGAAGUCGAGAAGGCUGAUGUGCGUUUCAACAAUGACAAGAAUCUCACCUACACGAUUUCUUACAUACCCAAGGCCGAGGGUGUGCACAAGGUGACUGUUAAGUAUUCGGGACGUGAUAUUCCCAAGUCGCCGUUCCCCGUUAAGGUCGAGGGACAUGCUGGCGAUGCCUCAAAGGUUAAGGUUACAGGUCCCGGCAUUCAGCCCAGUGGCGUGACCAUCAAGAAGCCCACGUUCUUCGAUAUACUCACCAAGGAUGCGGGUCGCGGUGUGCCCGAGGUGAUCAUCAUCGAUCCAGCCAACCACAAAACAUCUGUGGCGGCUAAGGUUCGUCAGUUGGAGAAUGAUACUUGGCGCUGCGAAUACGUCACCGCACUCCAAGGGCUCCACUCGGUCAAUGUGUUCUAUGCCGGCACUCCCAUCCCGAACAGUCCAUUCCCUGUGAAGGUGGCUCCACUGUCGGAUGCACGCAAGGUGCGCGUCUCUGGACGUGGCCUGCAGGCGACGGGAGUGCGUGUUGGCGACGAUGCGGACUUUAAGAUCCAUACCGAGGGUGCUGGCGAGGGUGUGCCCGAAGUGCGCGUCAUUGGACCCGGUGGCAUGAACCAGAAUGUCAUGCAGUCCAAGGUGGAUGGCAACACGUACGAAUGCCACUAUUAUCCCACUAAGGAGGGUCGCUAUGUGGUCAUGGUUACUUUCAGUGGCCAGGAAGUGCCCAAGUCACCGUUUGAGGUGAAAGUGGGUCCCAAGAAGGAAUCCUCCAUUGUUGCCUACGGUCCAGGUUUGAGCAGCGGUGUCAUUGGUUACCCAGCUGCCUUUGUUGUGGAGACAAAUGGCGAAACGGGCGCAUUGGGCUUCACUGUGGCCGGUCCCUCGCAGGCCGAGAUCGAGUGUCAUGACAAUGGUGAUGGCUCCGCAUUAGUCAAGUAUCAUCCAACUGCUGUGGGCGAAUAUGCUGUGCACAUUCUGUGCGACAACGAGGACAUACCCAAGUCACCAUUCAUUGCCCAAAUACUGCCACGCACUGACUUCCAUCCUGAGCUGGUUAAGGCCAGCGGUCCAGGUCUGGAGAAGAACGGCGUUACUGUCAAUCAACCCACCAGCUUCGAUGUGGACACCAGCAAGGCUGGCAAUGCACCACUCGAUGUGGUUGUUCAAGAUGUGUAUGGCGUUAAGUUGCCUGUGCAGAUCAAGAAUAAUCCCGAUGGCACUAAGAAGGUCAGCUACACCCCAACCUCCGGCGUAGCUCACACUGUGGAAGUCAACUACGGUGGCGUCUCUACGCCCAACUCGCCGCAUCGCAUCUAUGUGGGCGUGCCCGUGGAUGCGGCCAAGGUGCAAGCCUUUGGACCUUGGCUGCAGCCAGGCGUACGUCCCAAUGUGCCUACCCACUUCAAUGUGGAUGCACGCGACGCUGGCGAUGCUGAGCUCAAGGUGAAGGUUGUGCACGAGGACACUAAGCUGGAUGUUCCAUGCCGCAUCAUCGACAACGAGGACAACACCUAUUCGGUCGAAGUCAUUCCACCCAUGAAGGGCGCCUACACCACAACCAUGACAUAUGGCGGUCAACGUGUGCCUCUGGGCCAGAAGGUCGUCGUCGAGCAGACAGUAGAUGUGUCCAAGAUAAAAGUGGACGGUCUCGAGCCCACUGCGCCCCUGAACAGUUUACAGCAGUUUCGCAUCAUUACCCAUGGGCUGCCCAAGGCGGAUUUGGCGGUAACCAUCACCAGCCCAUCGGGCAAUCGCAUUAAGGCGCACAUCAUACCCACAGCCGAAGGAUUUCUUGUGAAUUUUACGCCUACCCAGCUGGGUGAAUAUCUGCUCAGCAUUUGCUUUGGCGGCACACCGAUCACGCCGCGUCCCUUCCGUCUGCAAUGUCUGACGGGCAGCGACUCCAACAAGGUGCAUGCCUUCGGACCAGGAUUGGAGCGUGGCAUUGUUGGCCAGCCGGCAGAGUUUAUGAUUGACACACGUGGCGCAGGUCAAGGCGGCUUGGGCGUCACCGUUGAGGGGCCCUGUGAGGCGGCCAUAAAUUGCCGGGACAACGGCGAUGGCACCUGCAAUGUGGCCUAUCUGCCCACCGAGGCGGGUGAUUAUAGUGUGAACAUUACGUUCAACGAGCGACACAUCAAUGGCUCACCAUUCCAACCGAUAAUUGUGCCCGUGCCGAAUUUGAAGAAUACACGCGUCAGCGGCAUCGGCAUCCAGCCGCAUGGUGUCAUCGUCAAUGCCGCCACCGACUUUAUGGUCGACAUGAGCAAGGUGGGCAGCAAUAUUGAUUCCGGCAAGCUCUCCUGCGCCAUCUUUGAUCCCAAGGGUCAUGUGCUGCCCAGCAAGAUUGUGCAGGGACCCACCGACGACAUCUUCCGCAUCAUGUACUCGCCCUUCGAGGCUGGUCGCCACACCAUCGAAUUGAUGUACGACAAUAUCCCUGUGCCUGGCUCGCCAUUUGUGGUCAACGUGAAGAGUGGAUGCGAUCCGACACGCUGCAAGGCCUAUGGACCUGGCUUGGAGAAGGGUCUGACUAAUCAGAAGAAUAAAUUCACCGUGGAGACCAAGGGCGCCGGCAAUGGCGGCCUCUCGCUGGCCAUUGAGGGACCUUCCGAGGCUAAGAUGACGUGCACUGAUAACCGUGAUGGCAGCUGCGAUGUGGAUUAUCUGGCCACCGAUCCCGGAGAGUAUGAUAUUACCAUUAGGUUUGCUGAUAAGCAUAUUCCCGGCUCACCGUUCCGUGUGCUCGUCGAGGAGACUGUUGAUCCCAGCAAGGUUAAGGUCUAUGGACCGGGCAUUGAGCACGGUCAAGUGCGUGAAGGAGUGCCAACGGUGUUCAAUGUGGAUGUGGGCGAGGCUGGACCUGGUCGCAUUGCCGUCAAAUUGACCAACACCGAGGGUAUCCCCGUUGACAAUCUGAGCGUGGAGGACAAGGGCAAUUGCAUUUAUGCGGUGCACUAUGUGCCACCCAAGGCGGGCUCUGUGCUGACCUGCCAGGUCAAGUUUGCCGACGUCGAGGUGCCAUGCAGUCCAUUUGUGAUGACCGUCUUCCCCAAAUCCGAGGCAACCAAGGUGCGUGUCAAGGGUGUCAAUGAGAAGAAAAAGACGCCCGCUUCGCUGCCCGCUGAAUUUGAGAUUGACACCAAACAAGCUGGCCAGGCUGACAUCAAUGUGGCCAUCAAGAACCCUAAGGGCAAGCCUAUGCAGCCACGUCUCGAGGAAGUAGCCACCGGCACCUAUGUGGUAUCCUUUGUGCCUGACGAGUGUGGCACGUAUCAGUGCAGCAUCAAGUAUGGCGACAAGGAAAUCGAUGGCUCGCCCUUCAAACUCGAAGCAUUCCCCACCGGCGAGGCCAAGAAAUGCAAGCUAGUGGAGCAGGUGCCAAAGAUUCUGCCCUCAGGCAGUCAGUCACACUUGAAAGUCGAUGCUCGUGAAGCUGGCGAUGGUGCUGUAACCUGCAAGAUCACCAACAAGGAAGGCAGCGAAAUUGUUGACAUCGAUGUGAUCGAGAAGGAUGGCUUGUUUGACAUCUUGUAUGCCUUGAAUGAUCCUGGAGAUUAUGACAUCAAUGUGAAGUUCGGUGGCAAGGAUAUACCGAAUGGUAGCUUCUCCAUUAAGGCACGAUCAUGUGAAUUUGCUGCUGUCGAAAGCAUCGAACAAUACUCGCAUAGUGAAUAUAUCGAGGAGCAUACGACCAAAGUGGUUCAACAAACAACGACACAGAGCGAACUUGUCAACGGAAAGUCAGAAGUUACUUAUCGCAGCGUUGCCUUUGAGAAAUUGCCACUACCCACAACAGGCGGAAACGUUACUGCUGAAGUCAGAAUGCCAAGUGGUAAGGUAGAUAAACCCAUUAUUCAGGACAACCGUGAUGGUACCGUCUCUGUGAAAUACGAUCCCCGCGAGGAAGGCUCCCACGAGCUGGUUGUUAAAUACAAUGGCGAACCCGUGCAAGGAUCUCCCUUCAAAUUCCAUGUGGAUUCCAUUACAUCCGGCUAUGUGACCGCCUAUGGCCCAGGUCUGACCCACGGCGUCACUGGCGAGCCUGCCAACUUUACCAUCUCCACCAAGGGAGCCAGCGCCGGUGGCCUCACCAUGGCCGUCGAAGGUCCCAGCAAGGCAGAUAUCAACUACCAUGACAACAAAGACGGCACCGUUUCCGUGCAGUAUCUGCCCACUGCCCCCGGCGAGUACCAGGUGUCGGUUCGCUUUGGCGACAAGCACAUCAAGGGCUCUCCCUACUUUGCCAAGAUCACCGGCGAGGGUCGCAAGCGUAACCAGAUCUCGGUUGGCUCUUGCUCGGAGGUCACCAUGCCCGGCGACAUCACCGACGAUGAUUUGCGCGCCCUGAACGCCUCCAUCCAGGCUCCUAGCGGCCUGGAGGAGCCAUGCUUCCUCAAGCGCAUGCCCACCGGCAACAUUGGCAUUUCGUUUACACCCCGUGAGAUUGGCGAGCAUCUGGUGUCCGUCAAGCGGUUGGGCAAGCACAUCAACAACUCACCCUUCAAGGUGACGGUGUGCGAACGCGAAGUGGGGGAUGCCAAGAAGGUUAAGGUCAGCGGCAAUGGUCUCAAGGAGGGUCAGACCCACGCCGAUAACGUGUUCUCCGUGGAUACACGUAACGCCGGCUUUGGCGGUCUCUCGGUGUCCAUUGAGGGUCCCAGCAAGGCUGAGAUUCAGUGCACCGACAAGGAUGAUGGCACACUCAACAUCUCGUACAAGCCCACCGAGCCUGGUUACUAUAUUGUCAACCUGAAGUUCGCCGAUCACCACGUCGAGGGUUCGCCCUUCACUGUGAAGGUCGCUGGCGAGGGCAGCAACCGCAAGCGUGAGAAGAUUCAGCGUGAGCGCGACGCUGUGCCCAUCACUGAGAUUGGCAGCCAGUGCAAGCUGACUUUCAAGAUGCCCGGCAUUACUUCGUUCGAUCUGGCCGCCUGCGUCACCUCGCCCAGCAAUGUGACCGAGGAUGCAGAGAUUCAAGAGGUCGAGGACGGUCUCUACUCGGUGCACUUUGUGCCCAAGGAGUUGGGUGUGCACACUGUCUCGGUGCGCUACUCGGAGAUGCACAUACCCGGCUCACCCUUCCAGUUCACAGUGGGUCCACUGCGUGAUUCGGGCAGCCAUUUGGUCAAGGCUGGCGGCUCUGGUCUGGAGCGUGGCAUUGUCGGCGAGGCUGCCGAGUUCAAUGUGUGGACCCGUGAGGCAGGCGGCGGUUCCCUUGCCAUUUCGGUUGAGGGUCCCAGCAAGGCCGAUAUUGAGUUCAAGGAUCGCAAGGACGGCAGCUGUGAUGUGUCCUACAAAGUGAGCGAGCCCGGAGAGUAUCGCGUGGGCCUGAAGUUCAACGAUCGCCACAUCCCCGACUCGCCAUUCAAGGUCUACAUCUCGCCCGAUGCUGGAGAUGCCCAUAAACUGGAGGUGCAACAAUUCCCACAGGGCAACAUUCAGGCCGAUGCGCCUUAUCAGUUCAUGGUGCGCAAGAACGGCGCCAAGGGUGAGCUGGAUGCCAAGAUUGUGGCACCCUCGGGCACCGAUGAUGAUUGUUUCAUCCAAGUGAUCGACGGUGAAAUGUAUUCGGUGCGUUUCUAUCCACGUGAGAAUGGCAUUCAUGCCAUCCACGUCAAGUUCAACGGCGUCCACAUACCCGAUUCACCAUUCAGAAUCAAGGUGGGCAAGGAUGUCGCUGAUCCAGCGGCUGUGCAUGCCAGCGGCAAUGGCUUGGACGAUGUGAAGACUGGACACAAGGCCGAUUUCAUUAUCAACACCUGCAAUGCAGGCGUUGGCACAUUGGCUGUCUCCAUUGAUGGCCCCUCCAAGGUGGCCAUGGAUUGCACAGAGGUCGAGGAGGGUUACAAGGUGCGCUACACACCCCUGCUGCCUGGCGAGCAUUACAUCACCGUCAAAUACAACAACAUGCACAUUGUGGGCUCACCAUUCAAGGUGCAUGCCACCGGCGACAAGCUGGCCGAUGAGGGUGCCCAGGAGACAUCCACGGUGAUUGUGGAGACCGUGCAGAAGGUUGCCAAGGGUGGCAAGAACACCGGUGUUCAUCUGCCCAACUUCAAAUCCGAUGCCACCAAGGUGGUGUCCAAGGGCAUGGGUCUGAAGAAGGCCUACAUGGGCAAGCAGAAUCAGUUCAGCAUCUGUGCCACAGAUGCGGGCAACAACAUCCUCUACGUAGGCAUGCAUGGACCCAAAGGACCCUGCGAGGAGCUCCACGUGAAGCAUGCUGGGCACAACAACUACAAUGUGCAGUAUCUGGUGCGCGAUCGUGGCCAGUACGUGCUCCUAAUCAAAUGGGGCGAAGAGCAUAUACCCGGCUCCCCAUUCCAGAUCGAUGUCUAGGCUAAUGCCAAACAAUCAUAUAUACACAAUAUUUCAAUUCACAUGCAUACAAUAAUACUAUAUGUAGAUUCAUAACAGCCCCACGCCCUCCGAAUAUGAAUAUGAGCGCAGCAAUAUUUGUGAACCCAUCCGUUCGGUUCACAAUCGCCGUCGUCGUCAUCGUCCAGUCAGUUCCAAGGGUCAAAUUAUUUGUGUGUUUUGCUUCAUGAUUGUCUUUGUUUUUAAUUUUAAUUCUUUGACUAUCAUUAUUAUAAGUGAUUAUUAUUUUUUGUUAUAUGUACAUACAUAAAAAAGGAAAGAAAAGAAAACGUGUUUUUUCGACUUGAAAAAGUUUGUGCGCCAUUUUCACAUAUUCAUUGAUUUGUUUUUGUGUGAAUACUUAAAUUAAAUUUUAAACGAAAAAAUUACAAAAACCAUUAUCAACAACUAAAGAAAGUCAAUUAAUUUUCAUGAUCAAGAUUACAACAACAAAUGUUGAAAUGCGAAUAAAUCUCUUACAAACAAUUAUUUAAUAGUUAAGCAAAUACAAACAUUUAUGAAUGAUGAUUAUUAUGAUUAUGACGUAUUAUGUUUUUUAUUAUCACUAUCGACAUGUAAUUUACGUAAACUCAAAUAAAUAAAUUAAAAUGAAAACUUA